AUGGCAACCUCGACAGCGGGAUCACACCACCAUGAUCGAACAACGCCUGAACGCAACAGACGAGGGACUCCAAUUCGGCGACAGCCUGCUCGAUCUCAAACGACCCCAAAUACCUCGGUUACAGCUUACACGGCCGACAACAGCUUCAGUAUCGACGAUAUCACGCCCACAACCUCUCAAGCGUAUUUCGGUCAACCGCCUCUAGCUCAGUCGCAUACGUCCUAUCAUGACGCUUCACCCCGGAAGAAAAUCUCACAAUGGUCCAGGAUGCCAAUCGCAUCAAGCCUGCAGCUCAUGCCGCCGCCACCCGCACCCGUUCCAUCCCUUGCUUCUUCGGCUAGCCUCACACCAUCCACGUACUUCUCCUCUCCCUCAUCAGUGAGCUCCGGUCAAUUCGGCUUCUACCCUCAAGAAUACCCAACCAAUCCUUACUAUCUCGAUACGAAUCCUUAUAUUCCCAGGGACUAUUCCGAAUGGAGUAUCAGUCAGGAUGAGGAUGUGUCAGCCCAGUACCUCAACACGCAGUCCAUGGACACGAGCGAUCUGGAGUCUGAUAUCAUGACUCAAUCCGUCAAGAUGUCCGACAUUGUCUCAAGGACAGAUUGCUCCGUCGCCCCAUCCUCAACCAUCUCCAAAGCAUCUACCAGUCAAUCUAAGCCGCCUCGUCCGGCCAAUGCCUGGAUAUUGUAUCGGUCCGAGAAGCUCAAAGCUAUCGAGAGAGGCGAUAAUAUACCAGGCCUAGACGAGAUCAUGGCAGGUUUGGAUCUGCCGUCCAGCGCGAGUCCAUCGAACGAGUCAGCAGACGGGGCCAGCAGUGUGGUCACUUCGAAAUCCAAAAAGCGGAACCGACCUCCGAAAAAGGGCACCCGUCCACCGACUGAGGGCCUACUAUCCCUCGGUCGCGGCAAGCUGGGGCGUGGUCUACCUCAAGCAAACAUCUCAAAGAUGAUCAGCGCUCUCUGGAAAGGCGAAUCUUCAGCCGUACGACAACGUUAUGAGAAUAUGGCAAACGCUAAGAAGAGAGAGCAUGAGCUCAAGUAUCCCGAUUACAAGUUUCAACCGAGACGUAAAGCAGACAAGGUACGAGAACGAGAAGAGCGGGAGAGGCAGAAAGAGGCAGAGAGACAAGAAAAACGAGCAGAGAAGGAAACGACUCGUCCAAGGAGGAGUCGUACCCUCAAGAAACGAUUUUCACCAAUCGCCACUGGGUCACGCAGCAUGCGGUCCACUCCCACUUACAGUCACGUUCCCUCACUUGCAGGGGAGAGUGGAGCGGAAAGUGGAUGGGGAGGUAAUAGUCAGAAUCUCGCUACUCCCCUUACUGGCUCACCAGACCCAACGGCGGAUCAUCGACUCAGAUCUUACCCAUUUCCAAUGCCUCCAGGGUCUCUCCCAUCCAUGAGGCCCGAGGAUCAUGCGGGGAAUAAUCCAUACGGUGAUCAGCUGGUCAUGAAUGCACAGGGGUUCAGUAUGACGCCGCAGUCAUCUCAGAAAACUGGCGUAAGGAGAACGAUCCGCCCCACUCCCGCCGAAAACGUCUCUCAAGCUCCCGUGGCGGAUACCGGACAAGCGAUCCAGUACCCUCAGCCUCAGUCUCAGGCUUCUCAUUCUGCGCAACAAGCAAUCCUCGCCCCAGUACCUCAGAGGGCGGCAGCUCCAUCAAUUAUCGACAUUCCAUCUCACAUGCAGAUCGAUGUACCCCAAGGGCUGGAUAUCCAGAAUGAAUUAAGCUUCACUUACGGCCCGGAACCCGUGGAGGAAACACCUGGGCUAAAUCUGAGCAAGCCUCAAGCAACAUGGCAACAGAAUACCAGUCCCCAGUCAAAAGCAGGGAAAUUGGCAGCCAUGUGGAGUGCUUUCGACGAAGAAGACGAUGCGGAGGAGGACCUCGGCGAACUUCCACGGGUUGUGCUGGCUUCACAAGGAGAUGUCUCCGCUCAAGCGUUCGUCGACAACGCUCAGAUACUCCCUGGAGAUGCACCUUCAGGCAAUGGUGGCCAAGUGGCACCUGCUCAAGCUGAGGAAUAUUACUGCCACACUGGUCCAUGGACGGUCGUCAUGCCGGACGGACAGAGUCUAGAGUACACUAUGCCUAUGGGGGAAGCUACGCAGGACCUAGGCGAGAUUGAUUGGUAUGAUCCAAACACGGAUUGGAGUCAAUUCGUUCUGGCCAUGCCCGCAGAUCCGACAUCGCAAGUCGCUCAGAAUACGGAUCCGUCCCAAUUUAUUAUACCUACCGGGGUGGUCGACCCUUCUCAAAUGAUCCCAUUGCAAGCGGUCAUUGAGGAGGAACAUGGACCAUUCUUAUCUCAAGCGCCAGUCUUAUCUCCUGUCGAUGCCUCUUGGACCUUGUCGCCAUCAAAUGGACAGUUCCAGGAGGGAGUUCUCAACGCCCAACCAGGCGGUUCUAGGGUCCCCUCGUACUCUGUCACUACCGCCGACGGUCAAGUCUUACCAUUCAAUGUCGUCCCUCGACAUAUCUCCGGAUUCUCCAGCCUCACAGAUGGUAUUUGGGCUGGUAAUGACCGCAAUUUGAGUUUUGCUAUGAACGCCGGGGUCGUCAACUCAGGCUCAGCAGCAGACUUUGUCCCUGAGAUGGACAUUUCCGAGGACUUGUUCUGGUCAAGUUUCGAAAUGGCUCCGCCAGUAUCAGCCCAGAAUCUCGCUGCCGAGGUGCAGUCAAAUACAACCGAGUCGACAGAGGCCUCGGAAGCUGCUUCGUCUGCGCCGACUUCCAUUCAGGGUCUAGCAGAGCCAAUAGACGGGGCAUCAAUCGCGAUCGAAACCACGGACAAUGCUGGUGGUCUGUUGAGUGAAAACGGGUCGGAGGACUGGAAGAUGCCAAUUGUCCCCGAAUGUGCACCUCGGAAGGAAUCCUCCGGAUCGGAGUCGACGAGCGUUACCAAGGAAGAGCCUGAACGCUCGAACGAACCUGAAGGCAGCAUCGAUGAGAUGGACUCAACAAUCAGACAGACAAGGGCUGCAGCGGCUCGAGGCGCUAAACGAGGGAGAGCUGUUGGAAGAACGUUUGAUAUGGAGCACUCUUGA